AUGUCGUCGUUACCAGUGUCAGCUGCUAACGAAAAUAUACCAUCAGCAAUGGCAAAUGUUAAAUUUUCUCGUGUAGCACUUAAACCUGGUGGACAUAAAUCAGCUCAAUUAGCUUAUUUUGAUCAAGACGAAGAUGUUGGACAUGCAAUGCAAACAAUAUUUCAAGAUAAAAUGUCGGAUGUACCAUCGCCAAAAAUAAUUAUUGUACUAGAAGGUGGUAUUAAUAAUUCUAGUGAACGAUUCAAUGAUUUUAAUGAAAAACAAUUUUCAACAUCUGUUGCAAAAUUACUCUUAGAUAUUGGACGAAAUAAAUUGAGUGAUGACCAAGGUGCUCCAUGGUUAUUUAGUAACCUUCGACAUGAUUCAGUUGCUGGACGUAUCAUUCAAAUAACAAGACAACAAUAUUUAGCUAAUGAUAUACCAUUAUCACGAUUUGUUACAAUUGGUAUUGAUGUUUGUUCAUCUGUUUUGUUAGAAGAAGCUCCGUAUGAUUAUCAAACACUUGUUGAUGCAAUUUCGGAUAAAUCUCAAGAUAAAAUAAAAAAUGAAUCAAUAACAAAUAGUUGUACAAAUUCAAGUCGUAUAUUAAAUAAACGUUUAUCACGUGUUAUUUUAUAUGGAAGAAAACAAGAAGAUCUCACUGAUCGACGUACAAUAUUACAAAAAUGUGUAGAAGAAAUAGGACGAGUACGAGAUAAUGAUAAAAGUGAAUCGGUUAGUGUACCAAAAAUAAUGUUACUGUAUGGUGGUGAUGUAGAUAAUGUUGAACCAAUUCAUCGUUUAUUAAAUGCUGAAAUUGAUCGAAGAAAAUUUGGUUUGGUUAUUAUUCGAGGUUCUGGUGGAUUGGCUGAUAUACUUGCUUGGGUUUGUGAUAAGAUUCGAGGUGGUGGAACAUGUACACAAGGUUCCGAACAAAAUCUAUUAACACCAACAUUUCUUCGAGAAUUAAAAGUACUUGUUAAUCAAUUACUUGGCAAUGAUUUAACAGAUGAUUUAAUAAAAUUAAUCACUUAUUUGGCAGUAACUCGAUGUAAAAAAAUACGUGUUUGUGAUGAAGAUGAUGAUCUUUCUUUAUAUCUUCUUGAAGCAUUAGUAACAGCAAAUCAAAAUCAACGUUUAUCAUCAUUAAAAUUACAUUUAUCAUUAGCUUUUGAUUUAAAUCAACCGAAAUUUGCCAGUCGAAUGUUACGUGCAAAUCAAGAUAUACCUGAAGAAGAUUUAAUACAAUUAGCUAAAAUGGCAAUUAUAAGAGAUCAAGUAGAAUUUCUUCAUGUAUUAGAAGAUACUUGUGGUAUAACAUCAGAUAAUCUUGGUGAAAAAUUUGAAUGUGAAUUAAGUACAAAAAUGAAUUAUAAUCAUAAUCUUUUUCUUGAAUGUAUUCAACAAGAUUUUGGAUGUGCUCUGGAUGAAAUUUAUCGAUCAGCUGAUGAAAAUAAUGAAACUGCAGAAGAUGAAAUACAAUCAAUUAAUGUCAAAUUAUUUUUAUGGGCAGAUCGAUUAUGUGGUGCUCUAGUUGCUGCACUUGUCUAUCGUCAUACAGCUGAUUUAUGUGAGAAACGAAGUUCAACAGAAACUGUAACUGUACAAAAAUUAAGAGAUCAUGCUGAUGAAUAUGAACAACUUGCUAUGCGUCUUGUUCAAUGUCUUUAUUUAUCUAAUCCAAAUCUAACAAGAUUAGCAUUAAAACGCGAAAAUUUUGAAUUUAAUAAACUAUCAUCAUUAGAAGUUGCAAUUAUAUCGCAUAGUGAAAAUUUUGUUGGACAUACAAGUGUUCAAGAAGUAUUUGAUAAUAUUUGGAGCGGAGACACAACUCAUAAAAUAAAAGGUAAACAUUUUGAUCGAAUGCUUGCAAGUACUGCGUCUUCAUUUGGCCAUGCAACAACAGGAAUUCAAGCAAAAGAUCAAAAGGAUUUCUUUAAAUAUAUCUUUUCAAUAAAAAAUAAAUUAUCUCGUCCACGUGUUAAAUAUCAAGUUCAUUUUUUAUUCUACAUAAUUUUCUUAUGUUUAUUAUCCUAUCUCGUACUAUUUGUUAAACCAUCUUUAAUUGAAUUAAAUGAAGAAAUGGCAUUUUCAUGGGAAAAUGGUUCAUGUGUACAUGAUAAUGCAGCAUUUUGUGCAAGACCAAAAUCUUUCACUAAUUCAUGGUCGAUUUUACAAUUAAUUAUUAAUAUUUGGGUAUUUAUGUUUGCACUUGAAGAAUUCCGACAAGCAAAAUUCUUUAAAACAAAAGAUAAUGGAAUAAAACAAACAUUGCUGCUUUAUCUCGAUGAAUCUUGGAAUAAACUCGAUGCUCUCUGUGUCAUUAUGUAUGUGGUUUCUAUUAUUUUAGAAUCUUACAAUACACGAACUACAUUAAAUGCAUCAAGAGCAUUUCUUGCACUUGACGUUGUUUUAUGGUUUAUACGUUUAUUAAUAUUAUUAAUGAUUGAUCGUACAGUAGGACCAAUGCUUUUAAUGAUUCAAGCCAUGCUCAAUGAUAUGGUCACAUUCUUUUCCAUAUUUUUUGUCUUUACAUCUGCAUAUGGAGUUGCUUCGUUUUCAUUAUUGAAAAAUGGACAACUUCCAUUUGAUUUUGCUGUUUUUCGAAAAAUUUUUCAUGCUGCUUAUUGGCAUGUAUUUGGUCAAAUGAAUGAUCUCGAUGAUGUUAAAGAUAAUUUUGAAAUGACUGGAUGGGCUGCAUUUGUCUUACUAGCAUGUUAUAUGGCUAUUAGUAAUAUUCUAUUAGUUAAUCUACUUGUUGCUAUGUUUUCAAAUACAUUCGAUCGAAUGUAUUCAAAAAUGGAUACAUUAUGGAAAUUUCAUCGUUAUCAUAUUAUUAAAGAAUAUACAAUUCUUACUCCAUUACCACCACCAUUGAAUCUUCUUAGUACAGGAAAUUAUGAAUUAAAACCAUUUAAUCCUGAAUUAUCAUCUGAACAAAUGUUAAAUCUACGACGACGAGAAGCACUUGCCUAUGAAAGUGAUGUAUUUGAACAAGCAACAAAAGAAAGACAAUCGGAUGUUAAUCAACAAGAAAAACUUGAUUUACAAUUACGUCAGUUACGCAAGAUGAUUUCACAUGUUAAAUUGACAUGUGAAGCAUCAACAAUAGAUGAUUAA